AUGCAAAUUGCAUACGCCCUGAAUGCAGCGGUCGUGCCGCCGCUGAAGCUGGCGUCGCUGCAGCGUGCGCUGCUGAAGGCGCAGCAGGUGGAACUUCCUGAGACGGAGGUCGCCGAAGCGGCCGAGCUACAGUCGCGCGUCGAAGACGCGCUCCACCACCUACGCUGCGCUGCUGAGAGCCGAGAGCUCUUUGAGAUGGCUGCGGGCAUUGAUGGUGUUGUACUGGGAAUUCAGAUCAUCAGAGGAACCCGGACGCCCGACUUGCAUGCAGUCCCACCGCCCAAGGAACGUCAGCAAGUGGACCCGUGGGCAGCCUACUUGGCCAAUCAGGCUGACCUUCGUCGCCUGAUGGAUACCUUCUCUCCCCAAGAUGCCGAGUGGGUAGAGCGCUCGGUGAUAUAUGGGUUGCGAGCUCAAACGGGCCACAUCUUUUUGAAACAGACUCUCAACCCAGAGGCCUCAGAGAGAUUUUACGCUCUCCGAGCCAAGUACAACAAUACUGUGAAGACAGCCUCAGACCAGUUCACGUGGCUUGCCCCCUCACGGACAGCAGCCCGGAGAUCCAUGAACAAGAUGACUCGCAAAGCUGGACAGGCCAUCCUGUCGCUCUUCCCUGACCAACAACAACCGAAACUUGAAUACAGCUGGGCCAAACAAGUCAUCUGGCUCGGCGAUUCCAGGGUUGCAGCGGGAACCAUGGGAAGAUAG